AUGGUCGUCCUCGCGGCUUCGAUUUGCACCCGUGGAGGGAAAGCUGUCCUCUCGAGACAGUUCCGAGAGAUGCCACGAUCGCGUAUAGAAGCUCUCCUUGCCUCGUUCCCAAAACUCGCCGAUAGCGGUACACAACACACCAUCGUCGAACAAGACAACGUCCGAUUCGUCUACCAACCCCUCGACGAACUUUACAUGGUCCUCAUUACCAACCGCCAGUCGAAUAUCUUGCAGGACAUCGACUCUCUGCAUUUGUUUGCACAAGUGGUUUCCAGCACCUGCAAGAGCCUCGAUGAGCGUGAGAUCGUUAAGAAUGCCUACGAACUGCUCAGUGCUUUUGAUGAGCUAGUGACCCUCGGGUACCGCGAGAAUCUUACCAUCAGUCAAAUCAAGACAUUCCUUGACAUGGAGAGUCAUGAGGAACGCAUCCAGGAGAUUAUUGCACGAAACAAAGAAUUGGAGGCCACCGAGGAGCGAAAACGGAAGGCGAAGCAGCUCGAGAUGCAGCGCAAGGAUGCUGCUCGCAGUGGUCGUCCCGGUGCUAUGGGCGGCAUGGGCGGCGGUAUGGGCAGCAGUGGCGGCAUGCCCCGAAGCCCUUCUUAUCCCUCAUACAACCCUCCUUCGCAAUCGAAUACCAGCACAUACGACUCAUACGAGGCUGAGAAGAACAAGUCCUUCGGCAAACCCCUGGCCCCCAAAGCCAAAGGUAUGCAAUUGGGCAAGAAGUCCAAGACGACCGAUAUGUUUGAGCGAGUCAGAGGUGAUAUGGGUAGCGAGAUCGACAACUCACCUCUUGUUACACCCGCACCUCAACAGCAAGCUGAAACACCAGAACCCCGUGUCUCCUCGACCCUCGACCGCGAUGCCAUCCACGUCGCCAUUUCAGAGACUAUUUCGGCCAAGCUAUCUCGAGAGGGUGCUGUCAACUCACUAGCUAUCAGCGGUGAUCUCGUCCUGAGAAUCUCGGACCCCAGCCUGACAAAGAUCAAGCUUGGUCUCCAAGCUGUUGCGUCUCACGGAGUCCAGUUCCGCACUCAUCCUAAUGUUGACCGAAAUUUGUUCAACGGCUCCAAGAUCAUCCAGAUGAGCAACACUGCUCGCGGAUUCCCAACCAACAAUGCAGUCGGUGUACUACGAUGGAGAGCCUCUCCCAAGGUCGACGAUCCCAGCGCAUGCCCGAUUACAUUCACUGUAUGGAUUAACAAAGAUGGAGACAAGUACAACAUCACAGUUGAAUACGAAUUGACAGGCGGUGACGCUUUGAAUGAUGUUAGCGUCGUGAUUCCUUAUGCGGGCAGCGAGCCUGUUGUUUCUAGCUUUGACGCUACUUACGAUGUUUCCGGAGACACAAUUGAGUGGUCCAUUGGUAACGUGGAUGACGAGAACCCUAACGGUUCGUUUGAAUUUGAGGCAGAGUCAGGUGAUGAGAACGAUUUCUUCCCAAUGACCGUCCGAUUCAACAAGAGUACACCAUACAUUGAUGUUGAUGUCAACACUGCGUCUCUUCUGGAGGAGGAUGAGGAGGUGACAUUCUCCAAAGAAAUCAAGUCUCAUGCAGACAACUUCUUGUGUCUUGGCAGUCCAGAACCUAACGGCGCAACGACAAUUGAUGUUUAUGUGUUUGGGUUAAAUGAUCAGGAGCCUGCUCUUACAAUCACCAAAAUCAGUAUUGGUAACAACAGAGAUACGCACGGUGCUAUCACUAAUUCCUUCUCUUGGACCAUCUCAUCUCACAAGGGAGCUAUGGCGCAGCAAAAUCAGCUAUCGCUCUUCAGCGUGACAGAGCUUCAAGACAGGGCACCUAAUGGUUGCCCUGUGAGCUGUCCAACCCUCGAUCUCUCUGCAACUUGGGAUGCAGCAGACAGAAAUCUCCUCGUGUACAGGCCUCCUGGGCAAAUCGUCUCCAAGAUUCACCAACUUGGUGCACCAGGCCAGAAAGCGCCGGACGCCCAAGCAGUGACUUGGAGAUCUGAUGGCCAAUUCCUUGCUGUUGGAUGGAGUGAUGGCUUUGUUCGGUUGAUGGGACUCGAAAACAACAAGGCUGCCCAUCAUCUCAAAGUUGGAGAUACGUCCGGGAGCAAGAUCACGCAUAUUGGCUGGGCAAACAGUAGCAUUGCCGACAACAGUUCGAAUGUGGUCAGCCAGGCUCUGGAGAACAACUUGGGAGAUGGGUUGGCGCCUGAUGGAAAUAGCCUCCCGUUAGAUCUCCCACGCGAAUUGACAUUUCUCGAGGUCGACACGGCAUUGCCCAAGAUCAGCCCUCUCCCGAACAGUAGCGCUGGCUCAGGAGAAGACGCGUUAGUGUUCACAUUACGCACUGGUAUAGAAUUUCUCUUCCAGCCCCCAAAGCCGGAGGAGUAUGACCAGGUCAGCGUCAUGAUUGUCGGGACGAGCGAUGGGCAGAUUCAGAUCAGUAUUUACGACUCCUUCAUCAUCGGGAAUUUCGAGUGCCCCAGGAUUGCCCCUUCAUCAAGCUCACAACUGAUCCUUCAUGCCUCGCACCCGAAUGUAUCGACUCAUGCGUUGCUUUUUGCAGACAAAGCAGAUGGACCAACAGACGUACAUUUGGUGCCUAUAGACAUGCCUUUCAUACACUCUUCCCCUAUUAAUCUCUCUCUUCUUGCUUCCAAGUUGACUACACUCCAAAAGCUAUUAAGAUAUCUCAAGCAAUCGCAGCUUCAUAUGCAGGUCGAAUGGCGAAAUACGCGGGAACUACCUACAAGGUUUCUUCGAAGCAUUGAGGGUGAUCUCGAAAACCUUGAAACUGGCCCUCGAAGUGUCGUUUCAGCUCUAUAUCACUUAGCGGUAACAGGUCACGCCUAUGAGCCUGUACGUGAGUGGCUUGUGGAGAGCCUAGCAGAACGAGGACACAAACGAUGGGAUAAAGCAGUAGUCUCUGGGCUAGAGGGUCUUCGAAACUUGGUCCACGAGAACUAUCUCCCGUCUCUAGAUCGCUGUGCAAUCAUCCUGAGCAGGUUGCGAGGCCUAGCUCAAUACCACCACACCCGAGAUGACAUUGGUUUUUCACUUAACCAGAUUAAUCGUUUGAUGGAUAUUGUUCAGUGCCUUCAGCUCGUUGGGCACAAAAUUCUGAUCAACGUUAUGGAUGAGCUGGAGAGCUUCAUGGCAUUCUCUACUUGGCUUCGCUUCCAGAUCGACCGACUCGCUUCUUCUAGCUCCAUGAGUGAGGAACUGACCGAGAAGGAGGCAACUAUGGAUGUGGGGAAAGUCCUGACCUAUAUCGAACAUUAUCUUACCGACAGCCCUCUCAAGAUAUUCUUCGAUGAGAUGCGAAACGAAGAAUACGAACAAACUUGUGAGCAAUUAGAAAGUGGCUCAAGUCUUAUACACAUUCUUGAUCAGCAGUUGAUGAAGUGCGAGAACGGCCAGCCUGGCUUGCAAGCACUAUCUCGUGUCGAAUUCCUGGUUUCAUAUGUAACAAACCAGGCAAAUCGCACUUUCAGUGGUAUUGCAGAGGCAAAGAAGCGCAGCGUCCGACUUGGAACCCCAAUGCGACUUUCGAUCGGUGAUCCUAUAUCACACAUGGAUAUGAGGAUGAAUAGAACGAAGAACCAGAAAACGAGUGUUAUGGCUGCUCUGGCAACCAAGGAGGCCAAGAAUGAAGUUCAAAUCUUCCAUGUUGGAAUCGACAUUACCAAUGGCAUUAGCACCAACAGAUCCCCAGCGAGCUGUCGCAUUGACCUUGAGGCACGUACUCUCAUCGCAUUCAAAUUUCUUAACGACGAAACACUUGUUAUUAUGUGCAACGAUCAAGUAAUUUGCGCACCUAUCCAACCAGACAAGCUUUCAUAUAGUGACUACGAUCCCGACAAACCCAACAAAACAUCUUGUGUAUCGGUUGACGGUUUCACGGCAUAUUCUUUCCCUGAGAACUCAAUAACCAGACCUUUACGUCUGGAAGUCAACGACAGGAAUAGUGUAAGGGGGGAAAUGCCUGCUCGAGUCUGUGUGCUGGAGAGUAACCGCACCACGCUCAAGACGUUUGCAUUUCCCAGCACACGGUCUUAA